UGGCGAGCCGGAGAUCGUUGGCAGUAACCUGGAGACCCUGUACACGGUGGGACUGGGACCGCGGGUUCGAGAGCAGCAGGAUUACCAGCUGGCCCGAGACACCUGCCUCACCAUCGGAAAACUGUCUUGCAACAGGAAGAUGAUGCUCGGUGGUAGCUCUGCCCCCUUUCGCCUGCCACGCGAUCACCCGCUGUUCGCCCACCUCUCAGAUACUGUGACUGAAGGUUUCUCCACACCGAGUCCCCACUGGCGCCCGUUUGCUGAGUCUGCCGUCUCGCUGGUGUACCAGCUGUCCGAGCACCCGGACCGCCUGUGCGGCCGCCUCCUGCUGCGCUGUGCCACCCUGCUGACCACCCACCAGGCCGCCGGGCAGGAGGCGGGGGCACCACCCGGCCAACACACGGAGGACUCCUCCGAGGGCAAAGACGACCCGGAAUCCCAGCCCACCGUGCCGACCCGUCUGCUGGGCAACCUGGUGGCCCUGGUGGGUCAAGUGGCCCUCCAGCAGAUGCUGCACCUGGAGCGCGCCGUCGGGCCUGAGAUGCAGCGCCGCCGGCUGCACCGCGAGCAGCAGGAGGCGAAGCGGAAGCUGAAGGAGCGAGCCAAGAGAGCCAGCACCAGCGCCAUUGAGGAAGAGCUGGGGCUGGCGGAGACCUCCGCCGAUGACACCGAGUCCGAGCUGGUCCGCAGGAUCUGUGACGUGGAGCUGUUGGACGAUCGCCAACUUCUGUCCGCCUUCGUGCCCCUGAUCGUGAAGAUCUGCACCAGCCCGGGCAGGUACAACGACCCGGACCUGUGCACCGCCUCCUGUCUCGCCCUCUGCAAGAUCGCCAUGGUCAGCCACGAUUUCUGUGAGAAGCAGCUUCGCCUCCUGUUCACGAUGCUGGAGAAAUCAGCCCUGCCCAUCAUCCGCGCCAAUACCAUGGUGGCCCUCGGAGACCUGUCCUUCCGCUUCCCCAACCUCAUCGAGCCCUGGACGCCGCACCUCUACGCCAGGCUGCGGGACAGCUCUGCGGCCGUGCGCCGUACAGCUCUCAUCGUGAUGACGCACCUGAUCCUCAAGGACAUGGUCAAGGUCAAAGGUCAGAUCAGCGAAAUGGCCGUGCUGGUCAUCGAUGAGGAUGACAGCAUCGCCUUGCUGGCCCGCAGUUUCUUUAACGAGCUGUCAAACAAGGGGAACGCCGUGUACAAUCUCCUCCCUGACAUCAUCAGCCGUUUGUCGGACCCAGAGUGCGGUGUUGAGGAGGAGCUGUUCCAAACCAUCAUGAGGCAGAUGUUCCGCUACAUCACCAAGGACAAGCAGACCGAGAGCCUGGUGGAGAAGCUCUGUCAGAGAUUCCGGACCGCCAGGCUGGAGAGGCAGCACCGAGACCUGGCCUUCUGCUUGGCCCUGCUCCCAGCCUCCGAGCGAGGCCUCCGCAAGAUGCAGGAGAACUUUGAGUGCUUCGCAGACAAGCUCAGUGAUGGGGCCGUCUACCAGCAUCUGCUGGGCAUCGCGGGGAGACUGCACCGAACCAUCAAACCCGACCUGAAGGUCCUUGUCGAUGAGUUUGAGCAGCGUCUCACUCGCUGUCACAAUCGUGGUUUCGAGGAGGGGGACAUGGACGCGGACCCAGCGCCCCCACCUCCAGAGGCCAAGGGCCUGGCCAGAGCAGCCGCUAAGAAGACAGCCAGAAGGCCCGUCCAGACCCAGGGAGCCGAGCUGGUCACUCCCAGGGUGACCAGGCAUCGUCGGCAGCCCCGCAGGACCUGCAUCACCUUCUCCAGCGAUGAAACAUCAGAGGAGGAGGAGGAGGAGGAGGAGAGCGAGGAAGGUGUGGCACUGGACAGCGAGACACCCAAGAUGACCUCGCCCAUCCGUCGAGCCACAAGGGGCAAGGACCGCACACGCCUGGGACAGGUUACCCCAGGGGCACUGGGCAGCACCUGAUGUCUGCCUGUUUGUCAGGAAGUUCGGGGGCCAGUCCAUGAGCUGUCUAUCACUGAUGUCUCUGUCUGUCUCUCUCUCUGUCUGUCUCUCUCUCUGUCUGUCUCUCUCUCUGUCUGUCUCUCUCUCUGUCUGUCUCUCUCUCUGUCUGUCUCUCUCUCUGUCUGUCUCUCUCUCUGUCU